UAAUAACUCUACUAUACUUCUCUCUCUGCAAUUACUCUUGAGAGCCUCCCUCUCUAGAAUAUUGACUAUUGCUAACUUGAGCGUCAGAGUGUUUUCCUCAAGGAAGCAUCCUUGGGUUUUUCAGGUGUUGAAUUAGUUGAAGAUCUCUACAGUAUAGCCUGCAGAACAGUUUAAGAUUCCAGCAGAAACAAGGUGAAGGCAUACCAAACAAAAUGCUUCACGGCGUGAGAAACCCAUGGAAUCUGCUUUGACGACUGAGCUAGAAGACAGAACUAGAGUUUUAGAAAUGGCUAUAGGAAGAAUCCUCUCCCGUUUGAUCCCUAAUGACCCCCUAAUUCCUUUGCCAAAUAAGGGUGAGCAGUCAACAGUAGAAGUUGUAACCCGCAACUCCCUCGCCUUGAGCAACAUGGUGGUUCCAACCAAACCAAGGGGAAGUGGGAAAUCAAAUCAUGAGCCCAGCAUGUCAAAGCACAGUGAGGAGUUGAUGAAGAAAAAUGCAGAACUUGAAAAGCAACUUAAAGAUGUACAGAGGUCUGUUGACGAGCUGAAGAGUUCGAGGUUGCGUCAGCAAGCCUUGGAUUUAGAUAGCCCUUCCUUUAACUUAUCCAUUACUACAGAACCAUAUCAGAAUGGAUUCAAGAUUCCUCACUUAGAAACAUAUGAUGGUUCUAACAACCCAGACGAACACUUAUACACCUAUCAAGCCAUCAUGAAAAUUUAGAACACUACUGAUGUAACGAUGUGCAAAGUGUUCCUUACAGUGUUGAAGUCGACUGCUAGAAAAUGGUAUCACAAGCUCUCCAGGCACUCCAUAGCUUCCUAUUCCCAGCUUGCUGCUUUGUUCUUUAACAAAUUUGCAAGCCAACAAGAGAUAAAACG